AUGUUCAUAUCAUCGUGUCGAACAUCUGCACAUCGAAAUUCUUCAUAUUUAUUAUCGAACUUAACAAUAUCUUCAUUAAAUUCUUCACGUUCUUCAAAUAUAAGUGAUGGUGAAUGGAUUAUUAAUAGUAUAUCAUUAAUAAUCUUUGUUCUUGCUGUACUGGGAAAUACUGCUGCACUUUUUGUUAUGUUUGGUUCUCGAGGACCAGUCAAAUUGACAAAUAAUAAAUAUUUAGUGAAUUUAGCAUGUGCUGAUUUAUUACGUGCAUGUUUUAUGCCAUUUACUAUUAUAGCAAGAGUCAAACGAAACUUUGUCUUUGGACCACUUAUUUGCAAAAUUUUACCCAUUGUUCAAGGUUUAAGUGUUGCUGUUGAUGUGUUUACUCUUGUUUGUAUAAGUGUAGAACGUUACUUAGCAAUAUGUCAUCCAUUAUUAACAAUUAAACUUCAAUCUCUUCGAUUUACUAAUUUUCUGAAUGGUGUUAUUCUAUUUUUAAUAUGGAUAUUAGGCCUUUUAACGGCUUUACCAAAUAUUUCGAUCUAUAAUUUAUGUUCUUUACCUCAACCUGGAAGAUUUAAAUGUGAAAAAGUCAAGCCACAAGAUUUUGAUGAAAGACUUUAUAUGGUUGCUUUAGAUGUUUUUUAUUUUUUGGUUCCAAUGCUUUUCAUGCUUGUUCUUUAUACAUUAAUUAUUUGUAAAAUAUAUAGAAAUAAUACUGCAACGAAAAUGCGAAAUUUACCAAAUAGUUAUUCGGGCAAAGCUCAUUCAAAUGCAUCAAAUUCUCCAACUCUUCAUCGUAAUAGUUAUCGUCAACGUCAACGUAUGUCAUUAGAAAAUCAUCAAUAUAAUUCGAAUGAACAUCAACAAAAACAUGAUUCAUCAAAUUUUGAACUUCUUGGACGUAUACCAUCUCAAGAAAGUAGUGGUAAAUCAAAAUCUGGUUAUAGUGAUGAUGAUUAUCAAAUAACAUCUUCAUGGCCAAAACAUGUUAAUCAUAAUCAAAAAAAUCCUUUAUCAAAUAUAUUCUCUCGUCAAACAUCAAAAGAAAGUAAACGUUCAAAAUAUUUUUAUAAUUCAAAUCAUUCUUGUGGAGGUAGUUAUAAAAGUCGUUGUUCAUCAACAAGUCAAGGAUAUGAUCUAAUUGAUCGUCAUCGUCGUAAAGCACUUAAACUUUUAAUUGUUAUUAUUGUUGAAUUCUUUAUUUGUUGGACACCAUUAUUUAUUUAUCAUACAUUUGGAACAUUUGAUAAAAAAUUUUAUCGUUCAAUGCCAAGUAUAUUUGUUGAUUUAAUUCUUCUUUUUUCAUUUGCAUCAUUAUUAUGUAAUCCAUUUACUUAUUAUUUUAUGUCAAAAAGAUAUCGAAUGGUUUUAUAUGCUUAUUUAUCAUGUUGUUGUUGUUGUUAUAAAGUUAAACCAAAAUUUAGCAAAAAAAAUCAAGCAGCACGAAAAAUGAUUCAAGCUUUACAUUUACAUCAACAACAAAAUUCUCUUGAAUACAAACAAAAAAUCAAUAAAUAUAAAUUAUCACAACCUAAUUAUAUUAUAUAUCAAACUAAAUUUAGAUCAAAUACAGUACAAUAA